AUGGCCGAUUUCACGGAAGAAUUUAUUGAACAUGUAAAGAAACAUGAUGUUUUAUUCGAUAUGGCACAUCGUGAUUAUAAGAAUGUUCGUAUUAAAAAUAAAGUAUGGGACGACAUUGCCAAGGAUAUGGGAAAUCAUCAUACUGGCGACGAUUUAAAGAAUCGCUGGAAAAAUUUGAAGGAUUGUUUCUCAAAACACUUACGUUCCGAGAAAACCCGAACUGGACAAGCAGCUAAGUCGAUCUCUCGCUAUAAAGCCUGGCCUUGGGCACAGCAUAUGGAAAGUUUUCGACCUUUCUUACAAUUUGCUGUAACAGAUUCUAAUAUUGCUGAUACCAACAUAGGAGUAAGUGAAGAAAUUGAAGCAUCUGACGUUCAAAAUGAAGCUACACAAAUGACUGAAAACAUACUAAGCGAAGCAAGUACUGACCAAGAAACAUCGAAGCAAAUUUCAUGUCAUAAUCGAAGACCAGAGAAAAAAAGAAAAUCGAUGGAACUUCCAGCACCCAAGAAUUCAUCAUCUGCUGAUAAAGUUAUUAAGUACUUAAAUGAAAGGCACUCUGACAUCAAAAGUAACUGCAACAGCAUAGAUCUAACAUUUCAAGGAUAUGCUGCAAGCGUGAAGAGACUAUCGAAUCGACGGCAGACUGUAAUUAAAUUUAAAAUUGCUAAAUUAAUUAUGGAAGAAGAACUCGCACAGGAGGCGGAAGCUCAGGAGCAAAGCCGGCCAGGGACAAGUUAUUCAAGGGCUUCCGCUUCUUCAUCUUACGAAAUGGAUUUGCGAUCUCCAUUUGACAAUGAAUCUUCCUAUCACGAAUUAUCAAACCCAAGCAAUCUACCUGGAAGUUCUAAUGACCUGAAUUUUUCCGGUGCAACUUGGUAUGAGGAUCUGUGUAAAACCACCAUCUAA